AUGUCGGAUUUUGCCAAGAAUUUGUUUGGCUUUGGCAAACAGAAAACACAAUCCCCUGAUGCUACAGCCAACAUGAAUUCGUCAAACGGUGCUAUCAACAACCAAUUUAAGUCCAAUGAGCACCACAACACAAACGCAGUUCGCAGAGUUGUAUCCAAUUCGGGCUUCCCUGCUGAAAUAUUGCCUCAUGCGACUCCAACUAUAGGACUAAACGAAAAAUCAUACGCUAUGGGCACCACCAUAAAAGACCCAACAGCAUUGAAUAGAUCUAUCACACAGUUCGAUCAAUCCCAAGACAAAUAUACACAGUCUCAAAGCAGUAACUUGACUGCGCAAUUGAGUAACAACAAUUCACAGUCACUAAACAAUGAAAACACUGACCUUAACAACCACACCAAUGAACAAAUAUUGCAUAAUAAACAAGAGCAUAAUCAUAAUAUGAACAAUAAUAAUCUUAACCUUAAUCUUAAUCAUAGCAACAAUGACAAUCAACAACCGCCACAAAUCAAUGUAUCAGAGGAUUCUCAGCAGUCCCAUGGACAGCAUAAAUAUUAUUCUUCCCUAAACAAAAUUCAGGGAUACUCAAUUGCCAAUGCUUCUGAUGCUUAUGACAGUGUUCAAAGAGGCAAGCUACGUAUAGUAAUUGAGGAAGCCGUUGGAUUGAACGUUAAGUCUCCACAUUCUCAACCUUAUGUUGUCUGCACUUUCGAAUCAUCGGAGAUUGUUACGCAACGUCCAGAAAGUUAUGAUCCUAGAAGUCAUGAUUUCUCUCACAAGGCCAAUCACAGAACCAACAGCAACUCAUCUAAAACCUCACUAUCUGGUGAAUAUAAUCCAGCCAAUCCCUCGUGGCAACACACUGCUAUUUUUGACGUCAUUGGCGCUAAAUCUCAACUGCAAGUGUCUGUUUAUGAUACCGCCCUUGAUGGCAAUUUCCUAGGCCAUGUUAGUAUUUUCCCUAAAACUAUUGAUGAUUCCAGAGUCGAAAGAUGGUAUGAUUUACAGCCACGGUUGCCUGAUGAACCUGUUGCGGGUAAGAUAAGAAUUAAAUUAGAGUACUCCAAUAUCCGUAAGAGACAUUAUGGUCCAAACGAUUUCGAAAUCUUAAGGCUUUUAGGUAAAGGUACCUUUGGUCAGGUGUUUCAAGUUAAGAAGAAAGAUUCAAAGAGAAUCUAUGCAAUGAAGGUCUUGUCCAAGCAAGUUAUUGUGAAGAAGAAGGAGAUUGCACAUACCAUUGGUGAAAGAAAUAUUUUAGUUAGAACUGCAACAACAGAGUCUCCUUUUAUUGUUGGCCUGAAAUUUUCUUUUCAAACCCCAACAGAUUUAUAUUUGGUCACAGAUUUUAUGAGCGGUGGUGAAUUGUUUUGGCAUUUACAGAAAGAAGGUAGAUUUAGUGAGGAAAGGGCCAAAUUCUAUAUUGCAGAGUUGGUUCUGGCUUUGGAACAUUUACAUGAUAAUGACAUUGUUUAUAGAGAUCUAAAGCCAGAAAACAUUUUACUAGAUGCAAAUGGUCAUAUUGCAUUAUGCGAUUUUGGUUUAUCUAAGGCAAAUCUAUCAAAUGACGGAACAACCAAUACUUUUUGCGGCACCACAGAAUAUUUAGCUCCUGAAGUUUUGUUAGAUGAAUCGGGCUACACAAAGAUGGUUGAUUUUUGGUCAUUAGGUGUCUUAAUCUUUGAAAUGUGCUGUGGUUGGUCUCCAUUUUAUGCAGAAAAUACACAGCAGAUGUAUAAAAAUAUUGCUUUUGGCAAAGUUAGGUUUCCAAAGGAAGUCUUGUCUCAAGAAGGAAGGUCUUUUGUUAAAGGUUUGUUAAAUAGAAAUCCAAAGCAUAGAUUAGGUGCUAUCAAUGAUGCACGUGAACUAAGAGCACAUCCAUUCUUUCAUGAUAUUAAUUGGGGAAAUUUGAGAGAAAAGAAAAUUGCGCCACCUUUUGUUCCAUAUAUUGCCAAUGAAUUAGAUACAUCCAAUUUUGAUCCUGAAUUUACAAACGCUUCAACAUCUGCAAUUAAUAAACAACUAUUUAUGGGAACGACUCCUUUGUCUCAAGCAGUGCAAGAAAACUUCAAAGGGUUCACUUAUGUUGACGAAUCGACUAUGUUUGAUCACUUCAAUCCUUCAAUGGGACGCAGAGGUUCCUAUAAACCACAAUAUGGUUCAUUUAUUCCAGGUAAUCCAAAUUUGCCACCUGAUGAAGAGGUCGUAGAUGAAGUCAGUGAAAUUGAGGAAGAAAAUCAGGAUGACAUGGAUUUGGAUGACGAAUUUGUCAAUGGACAAUUUGAUUUAUAA